AUGGAGUGGUCUAGUUUUUAUCUUGAUACAUCAGAUAGAGUGAUCUAUGAUCAAACAUCAAAUCAGACGCAAACAGAUUCAUUAUCUCCAUCCCCUAAUCCUGUGUCACCUGUGCCUCUGAAUAACCCAACAAGUGCCCCAAGAUAUGGAACUGUGAUCCCUAAUCGCAUCUUUGUAGGAGGAAUUGACUUUAAGACAAAUGAAAAUGAUUUAAGAAAAUUUUUUUCCCAGUAUGGAUCUGUAAAAGAAGUAAAGAUUGUAAAUGACAGAGCUGGAGUGUCCAAAGGGUAUGGUUUUGUCACUUUUGAAACACAAGAAGAUGCACAAAAAAUUUUACAAGAGGCUGAAAAACUUAAUUAUAAAGAUAAGAAACUGAAUAUUGGACCAGCAAUAAGAAAACAACAAGUAGGGAUCCCUCGUUCUAGUGUAAUGCCAGCUGCUGGAACAAUGUAUCUGACAACUUCAACUGGAUAUCCUUACACUUACCAUAAUGGUGUUGCAUAUUUUCAUACUCCAGAGGUAACUUCUGUCCCACCACCUUGGCCUUCACGUUCUAUAUCUAGUUCUCCUGUGAUGGUAGCUCAGCCAGUUUAUCAUCAACCUGCAUAUCACUACCAGGCCCCAGCACAGUGUCUACCAGGACAGUGGCAGUGGGGUGUUCCUCAGUCUCCUGCCUCUUCUACUCCAUUCUUAUACCUCCAACCUUCUGAAGUUAUUUAUCAACCAGUGGAAAUUGCACAAGAUGGUGGAUGUGUUCCUCCUCCACUGUCUCUCAUGGAAGCUUCAGUUCCAGAGCCUUAUUCUGAUCAUGGAGUUCAAGCAACAUAUCACCAGGUUUAUGCUCCAAGUGCCAUUGCUAUGCCUGUGCCUGUGAUGCAGCCUGAACCAAUUAAAGAACCAAGGUUACAUUCUGUGAGAAGAAGCUUUUCUCAACCUUCAUCUGUAGGUUUGAAACCUCGAUAUUCUCGAAGCCCACACUUUCAUCCUAGAAAAGAUUUCAGAGCGGAUUCAAUUAUUACUCCACCUCCCUCUACUGAUUCUGUUAAGUAGAAUCUUGAAUAACUAUUUUGUCCAACAGUAGUAAAUAACUAGCCCCAUAUGUGGUCUACUAACAAAUGAGGAUUUGAGAUGUGCUAAAGUUAAAUGUUUUUGCUUU